CAUGUUGAGUCCAGACACGCCACCGGCUGGCAGCCCUGGCCUUGGGCACUUGAGCCUGGAGAGGCAGCCAACGCCACACGCCGCCCCUGUCUUGAGCAAGCAGCGUCCGCCGGGGGAUCUGACGGGCAAAGUCUACCAACUGGAGGUCAUGCUCAAGCAGCUGCACAGCGACCUGCAGAAAGAGAAGCAGGACAAGGUGGUCCUCCAGGCAGGGGUGGCCACUCUGAGGCAGAACAACCAGCGGCUCCAGGAGGAGUCCCAGACGGCCACCGAGCAGCUGCGCAAGUUCGCGGAGAUCUUCUCCACCGCUGUUGAGAAAGAGGAGCUGUGAACAGCGCGGGGUGGGCAGAGAGGCUGGGCGGCAGAGCAUGGGUCCCCUGGGUCCCCCAGAAUCCUCUCGCAUUCCCACGGAAAGCAAGCCGCCAAUGCCGCCCGGCUCCCCGGCUCCAUUCCUAGCCCCACAGGCCCUGCCUUUUGCAUCAGUCAGAGGGCAAGGGAGGGGGUUAGAGUCCAACCUGCUCUGCCCAGAUGUGUGGGCAGUAGCGCCCCCUGCCAGGAGCAGGCGGCACGCUCCGCACUGAUCUGGGCAAGGGCCAUCUGAGGGCAGGACGGCAACCAGCAGGCUGGGUGGCAGAGCACAGCCAAGCUUCUCAGAGCACUUUCUCACAACUAAAUUAUUUUCUAGGGAAUGCACGGUUGGGAGCGCCUCAGGAAGUUAAAAAAAAGUUUAAAUGUCUAUGUUCUUUAUAAAACACUAUAUUUGUAUUAAUGGUACUGUUUGUAAUUUUUUUCAAUGACAAUUCUGUGCAUGCAACCAAAUUCAGCACACUUGAUUUGUUUCCAGUUGCAGCAGAGAUGGGAAACCUGGCCUGGGACAAACCACAGAGGUCCACGGGGAAAGGCUCCUGGCUCCUGGCUUGGGCACGCCCUGUGCCAUGCCGUCCCGGGAGCUCUCCUCUGUGCCAUGCCUGGAUGCCUGCUCUGGAGCACUGGGGGGGCAUGAGGGCUUCCCACCUUUCUUUCUGGUUGUUGCGCAAGUCCUCUGCUGUGCUGAGUGGGCAUCCCUCUGCUGGGCCGGGCCAGAAGGCAGCAGGGCAUGCUGAGGGCAUCCUCUUGUCUCCACUGCUUUUCCGCAAUAAGGACUGCGCCCAGGGCAAGGGCCUUCUUUCACUUGGGCGCAUUGCAGUUGCAAAAAGGGUGGGUGACUAGCAGGGCCUUUCAGUUCAGCCACAGUAAAGCCUCCUCAGCUGUCGCUUCUGCAAAGAGCAGCAGGGAGCAGCUGGCCUGGACCCCUGACCCCCCCAUCCCCAACUUCACAUUGCAAAACCAGCGUAUGAACUGUGCAAAGCACAUCCUGGCCUGGACAUUGCCUCUCACCUCCAGUGGGCCGGCCUUUCUCCCCUUGCCCUUCCGUCUGCCACGAUUUCAGGGAA